AUGUCGAACCGAACAACCACCAACUCCCGCCGCCGGGACCGCCACACAAGGGUGGAGGACCGCGGCCACUUUGUCACGCUCCCAGCUGAAUGCGCUGAUCGCAUCUUUCGACUGACUGGCGAGCUCGGCCUCCAGUCCCACGGCCAGACCGUCGAGUGGCUCCUCCGCCAGGGUCUCGCCGCUCGCUUCGCCAUGCCGGUUUCUUUUGCUUCAAAUCAAACCCCAUCUGGGGCUGCUCCUGCCGUGGCUCCGGCCACUGGGUUUGCCCCCGGCUCUGUUGAUCCUCCCUCUUCCGGAGGCCGAUCAGUGGAGAUCAACAAUGGGGGGAUGAUGGAGGAGGAUGGUCGCCGCCUCUUCUGA